AUGGUCUCUGCUGAGCCGCUCGAGCAUCUCGCCAAUCGUCCUCCGACUCCUCCCAAAGACAUCGACCACGAAAUAAACAGAGUCAUUAGCCUUCUGGACGUCGACUUUGAGAGCGAGCUCGACCAGGUGCAGCAGCCCUGUUCACCCACAGGCACUCCCAUCCAACCAUCGCCUCCAUCAUCACAAGGAGAAGGCUCGCGACACAAGUCAAGCAAGCGGGUCGAGUUCUCGCCAUGCAUCACUGCUCAUGAUCCUACGCCCUUUUAUGCCACUUCAGCAGGUGCCGCCAGUCCAAUCCCUCGUCGCUUCCCCUCGAGCAAGCAACCUAGACCUGUCAGAUCUAUCUUGAAAGCCACACUUGACCUGCAGACACCCACACCUGACGCUGCGUCGCCCGCCGCCGACUACUUCUCCAUCUCCGAUCCAAAGACCUUUCCCGUCAUGCUCGACUCGGUUCUGAAGUUCCUCGACGCCCCCUCGACGGCACUCCGCUUGGAUGGAUACAGUACUCUCAAUGGCGCUCUUAAGGCCUACGAUGACUUGCCUGACGUCGACGCCAUGCGAGCCAAAAUGCCUCUUCUCACCAAAUACAUUUCUCGAGAUAUUCUUGAAUCAAGUCGCAAAUCGGAUCCGAUGACAUCAAGUCUGACCACACAAGCCUUGAAACUUACAACCGCACUCCUCAUGCUGCCUGCUCUCGCCGACGCUCUCGACGAGCAAUUCCAGACGCUGCUCGUCGAUCGUGCUAUAGAAAUUCUGGAACAGGACCCAGUGCCAAAGUCGAUCGCCAACCACCAUAUGUUUCUUCUGGCAACUCAACGCUUCCCAUCCAGAGUUGUCAAUGCAUCUAAAGUAGAGCAAAUUCUCUCUUCGCUCACCACCAUCCACGAUCGUGUCAGCGGCAACAGUGUCAUUGCAUCCCGCUUGGUGAUUUUCCAGCGCUUGAUGGACCAAGCCCCUACUACCAUGCUCAGUAAUAUACGUGAGUGGAUGCCCCACAUUUUCCACGGUGUUCUGAGUAGCAUCAAGGACGUUCGGGUGCGUGCCAUUGAAACUGGAAUGCAAGCUGCCAUGAUGUACGGCACAAGCUACUCAUCGACCAGAGUCAUCCUUGAUCUUUUCCAUGCAGCUACUACCGAGGCUAGAGACUAUGGCGAUUAUUUCACUGCCCGUCUGUUUGACAUGUCCAAGCCAAAAGAGAGUGGUGAGAACACCGACCUCGAGGAGGCUGUUCCCCAGAUCUGGUCAAUGGUGGUGCUUUUCUUCAGGAGCAAGAAGUUAAAGCUGUCACAAUGGCCACUGUUCUGUGAACAGUGGUUCCUCCUGAUUCAGAAUUGCCUUAACAGCAAGAACCUCACUGUCAAAUUCCGAGCCACAUGCGCCUGGAACCGUCUCGUUUAUGUCGCCAAUCCAGAUCGCGAAAUGCUAGAGAAGAUGGAAGGAUGGGAUCAUACGCUUCGAGUGCCCUUCGUACACGUUCUCCACACAAACAAAGGCCGAGACAAGAAGAGUAAGGAAGUGCGCCACAUCGCGCUUUCCGGCUACUGCAACUUGCUGCACUACGCUCUACGACCCUCCCAGCCAUGGGAAGAUCUUGACUAUUUCUGGGACGUAUAUGUCAAGGAAGUCCUCCUGAAGCUACUGCUCUCUGGUGGAAGAGAUGCCAGUCUAGCUUGUCGGGUCCUCAAGGCCCUUUUCGACGGCAAGUCAGUUGUCUGGGACGAGGAGGUAGCCAACAAGGCUCCAAUACUACCCGAGGCUCUGUCUCGAUUGGAUUCUAAGUGGAUACGCUCCAGGGCUCACAAAAUACUAGACUUGCUAAGCCCUUUCCUCGAGCUAUCCCUAGCCCAGUCAGGAGACGGACGUGGUAUUGAUGGAACUCCCUGGCGCGAGUUCUUGACUGCCGUUGCUAGUGCUGGAAGUCACGAAGUACUGCGUUCGCAAGACCUCAAAGAGUGCUUAGCCCAGCUGAUGAAUUUGUUCGGCCGUCUAUGGGCGAAGGCUCCAAAGAAUGUGGAUCGUCUGGAGACGCCUUGGAUUUCACGUUUCACGGCUCUUGUGCAAUGCUCCAUCGAUACCAUUGGACCGUUACCAUUCAGUGAAGAAAACCUGACUCGUAGUGUAUCCAAGAGUUUCGAGGCUGCACCGACUCCAUCAAAUCGCUCAUCGAAACACCAUGCGAAAUUGCAAUCACCUGCCGUUUUCUUAUUCGAUCUAUUUGCUCAACCACCAUAUGCAAUCAGCACAGAUGUAGCUUACUCCGAUGCUGCUGGAGAGUUACUUCAUCAGAUCUGCCAGGGUAGGACUUCACGUAAGGAACGGCUGGAGCUUAUACGCAAAUGCUCACAAGCAAGCUUGGCCUCGACUUCAGUGUUGCUGUGGAGGACUGCAGUACAGGAAACCACUGCAGUUCUUCUUGACUCCAGCUUGAACGAAUCUGUCCAAGAACCAGCUCGCCUUGGGCAUCAAGCUCGGCAUGCGAUCUCGAUAUUGGCGUCGGGUCUCCAUCAUCGACAUGCUGAGAGCGGUGCGUUGUCAGUCGCUUUCGAACUUGUCAGUGUAUUAGCAAGGAUCCUGAAACAAGAAGCCGGUGAAGGUGGUGUGGUUCUUGGUCUAAUGGAACCUUUAGCCGAGGCACUCUUGCAGCAAAAGGACGAGAUGAUUCCGAAGACUGUCCUUGUUCAAAUCACUGAUAAGUUGCUACGAGUUGGAACAUUUCCUCGUAACAAACAGCAAAUGGACGAAGCGCGCAGGUCUCUCUGGAACACGCAUUUGCCGUAUUCGAAGCAGACGAGCUUCGAGCCAUUCAAUCACGUGUAUGAGCUCGCAAAUUCAGCGCUCUUGAUCUCAUAUGGUAGAAUCGAAGAAACUGCACCGUGUCUAGCACAAUUCGUCGAAGCGGUCCAAGACUUCCUGUCAAAAUGUCCUCUGUCCCUGUUCGCUUCGCCUGCAUUGCGUAGGGUGCAACAUGGAUUGUCGCUGAUUGUCAAGGAUGAGAAUCGCGUACUUGCAGGUAGUAAGGAGGCUCAAGAUGUGUUCCUCAAGGUAAGUCAUAAUUUGCAGCCAGCCAAAGCCUUGUCACUAAUUCACAUANNGGUACUUGCUUUGUGGCAAUCUGUACUCGAACAGCUGAAGAAUCUGCCCUCGAACAAGACACUCUUGAAAGCCUUGGACGAACUGUUUGCAGCUGGCUUGAACAGCACACAUAGAGACAUCAUUAACCUUACCGUGUCUUUCUGGAACACAACAUUUGGUCAACUCGACUCGCUCGAGUAUCCUAGCCAGGUUGAGCAAGCAAUGAGGCGUCUUCAGCCGCUCGUCGAACUUGAUUUGCCCACCUUCCCACAGAACGUUGAUGCACUGGUACCGUCACCACUACGUGACUUAAUUGAGUCGCAGCAAGAUGUCGAUGUCCAGGACACGCCAUCACCCUCUAAGCAGCAACCUACGAGAAGAUCGAAGAGAACUAGUGUGCUUAGUCGUGCUGCCUCCUCUAGUCCACAGAGAGAACUUGUUACGAGAAGACAGCCUGCUUCUAGACCAGCGCCAAAAUCAAAGCUGCGACACGAAGACUCCCAAGUCGAGUUUACAGCUGUUGAGAGCUCGUCACCUGUAGCAAUGGAAUCUCAGCUUCUGACCGAACAUCAGAGAGAGGUCAAAUCUCGACAGCAAUUCGAAAUGGCACCAUUGUAUCCUGAGUUCUCAUCGAGCCCAGGACCACGAAGGAGAGCGUCAAAGUCAGGACUACCGCUUCUGGACUUCUCUAGCCAGCAGGCAGUCACGGAUACAGGAUAUGCUACACCCACCCUGAAUGACGACCAUGGACCGAUGGACGAGUACAUCACUUCCUCACCCACACCAAAGGCAACCGAGAAGUUUCAACCACCUGUUGUGGAGAACACAGAUGUGGAUGAUUCAGCCUUCGAAGCGGAGGAUGCCAACAUCCCGUCUUCUCCACCCGAGAUGGCAGAUGAAACUGUGUACGAGGGCACGACCGAGAUCGAAAACUUACAAGCUGUAGAUCAACAGGGUGUGAGCGAGACCCGGUUUGAUACUGUCCCUGAGGACUUUUCCACAAUCAUGCCUCAGGAAGAGCCGAAGGCCGACAACUCGAGAGAACUUCCGCAAAACACAGCUACAGUGAAGCAAGCCGCGGACACGCAUAUUCCAACGCACCCCUCAAUCAAGCGUCUAGCUCAUAACUCUGAGGGUGGGAUUUCGUCCGAUGUCUUUACAGAUGCACGCUCCGAACUCAACACUGGAAAUUCUGCUGCAAGCGAUCAACCCGAUGUCAGUCAAGUCAUUGAGCAGACAUUGGGAGAUCAAGAUGCAAUCGGAUCCGAUGACUCUUCGCCUAUACCCUUCACAGAUAGUCUGUCCGAACAGCUUCAGAAGGAUUCUAAGAGCUCUGUGGUACCCUCUCAGAUUAAGGUUCCCGAAGCCGUUGCUACGCCUGGUGAAAUCAGCAGAGUUCUGGACUCCUUCGUAGGAAACACGCCUGAUGGAGACGAUAUGACAUCAAUCCAAGAAGAGACGCACACCAGCCCGACUACCAAGCCAAACCCUGCUACUUCGGCUUCCAAGCGUAAGCGAGAAGAGCCACAUGAAACGAGAGCUUCAGCCAAACGUCGCAAGUCAUCUGCAUCUCCGUUCAGACGUAUCGUCACAAGAACGCUCUCUUACCUCACGGGCAGUCAGAUGGAGAAGGACGACGAUGACGACGACGACGAAGACGAAGACGUGCAAGAUUGCAUCGUUGUUGGAAGCCAGCAGAACCAGGAAGAAGAGUCUCAAUCAGAAGCUUCAGAAGACUCUCCAGUUCCAGAAUCGGCUCCAGCAAGCGUUGCACUAGCUACAGUUAAACGUGGACGUGGAAGACCCAGGAAGUCGACGACACCUAUCGUGUCCGACCCAGUCUCUUCCGUCAGAACUCGAGCCUCGAAGCGACGUGCGUCAACGCUUGGAGCAGAAGAAGACCAUGACUCUAUGACCAUCGAUACGCCCGCGCCAAGCAAGUCUCGAAGAACAACAAGAAGUCAAGACGCAAAAUCAGGCCAGCCGGUUGAGCAUGUCAUGCUGUCUCCUACGCCUCGUCGUAGAGGACGCGAGCUUGAAGCUGUUCUUGUCAGUCCAGGUCCAUCUGGUGAAACUUCGCUGGUGGUUCAGUCGUUGGUCGAAGAUGAUGCGGGAGUUGAUGAUGAUGAUGAUGAUGAUGAUGCGAACGUUGAUGAGCAGGAAGAAGACGGAAACGACGACAAUCAAGAAGCAGACUCGCAGCUGAGGCAUGAGGAAGAACAGGCAAUUCCCGAACCGCCACCUACACAGGCCAACUGGGUGGUUGCGAGGUUGCAAGAUCUCAUCAUCAAUUGCAAGACAUUGAUCGUUGGGCCACAAGAGGAACGUGAGAUCACGGAUGCUUUGUAUGAGUUAGGGCGGCAUGUUUAUGAGGCUAGGAGACGAUCAGGUCUUUAG